AUGUCUGAAAUGACGACAAACGCAGCAAGUGACGAUACAUUAAUUCGAGAUUCACAAUUGAGUGGAUUCGCUUCAUUUAAAGAACGUUUAGGUUUUUGUUGUUGUCGAUUAGUAAAAAAGACUCGUACAUAUGAUUUAUCAUCAGCAUCAAAAGAUGUUGAAGAACAACAAGAUAAACCAUCUUAUGUAAAUCAAGCAUUUCAAAGAGAAAAACAAGCAAGAAAAGAUAAAUUAGAUAAAAUAGCAAGAACCUUGCCACAGUCAACCUCCAAUGGGUUUCAAGGAACACGAACACCAACUUCAAAUACACAAACUCCAACACGUUCAUUAACAACAAUAACACAACAAACAGCACGUUCAAAUAAUAAUUCAACACCAACACGUGCACCAAUGAAUGCUAAAACAGGAAUAGCAACAUUUAAUAGACCAUCACCAUUAGCUGCAAAUACAAAAAUUAAUAAAAAAGAUUCUAAUGAAACAAGCACAGAAGAAGACUCAAGUGAAGAAGGAAGUACAACUGAAGAUGAUAAUUCAUCUGAAUCUGAUAAUGGACGUAAUAAAAAAGGUCCAGUUAAAAAAGCGAAUACACGACGAUAA